UGUGUCUGCGCGGGCAAGCGAAGCAAAGCGCCAGCCGCGAAGUAGACAGAUCUUCCUCCGCUUGGAAUGGGGUUUCAUCCCGUUUACAAGGAGACGAUGGUGAAACUACUAAACCUGGGCUCCUGAGCACUAACCAGCUUGUGGGGAGACAGCGUCCGACCACCGUGUGGCUCACCCGCUUUGUUGUACAGAUGAGGAGACUGAAGAAACGAGGGCCAUGGACUCAUAAUAAUUGGUGGUGUUAGGAUUCGAACAGUAAUAACCCGCCAGGCAUUCCUCCUGCUACACCACGCUACCCUGUGUGGACACUCAUUCAUUUGUUCACCUCAUAACAGUGUACUAACACUGUCACACUGUGCUCACUCUGGAACCGGCAACUGCACUAAGCAGUUUAGAGAUACUGACUGAUUUGAUCCUCACCACACGCUUUUCUCCAAUUUAUAUUUGAGGACACAGGCACAGAGAAGUUAUGACUUGCCGGGCACCAAAUACCUAUUGAUUGAGCACCUGCUAUGUGCCAGACCCUGUUCCAAAGGACAGAGAUACAGCCGUGAACAAAACACAGCCCUGCUCCAGAGAGCUUACAUGCUAGACAUGGGAACUUCUUGUAGAUCAUAAAGGCCAGGGGGCUGGAAAAAUAAAGCAGGGCAGGGGGACAGAGUAGAUGCCCUUGGAGGUCUGUAUGAAAAGAAAGGGCAGGUUAUACUUGCUAAUAAUUUAGAUAAACUUUGCAGCCCAACUCGCCUAAAGAUCUUCAUGAUGCACACUGAAUACAGUGAGUGCGAACUCUUAUUUUUUAUUGUCCUGUGGCUACAUCAGAACCCUUGAGCCUAAGGUACCGAGAUCAGGAAGAUGGUUUUCUGAAUGCCAGGCGUUCAGAGCUGGCAGACUGUGGACAUCGCAGAAGCCCCUUGUCCCUUCCAACGUUAACCUAAUAAAUAUUAAUAUCCGGCUCUGCUGACUAGUGAACAGGCUCGCAUUGCAGCCUCGGAGGCGGCUGGACUGUUCCAGCUCCGCCCCGCUCUCCGCCCCACACUCUGGGCGCGCAGCCUGUCGACCCGCCGGGGCUCCCCGAACACGCUUACGGUCGGCCCGCCUCGCGGGGCGCCGGCCACAUCCGGGGCUCGGGGGCCCGCGCGGUUGCCAUGGCAGCGGGGUCGCGGCGGGCUCGCGGGCAGGCCCGGAGGCUGCUGGCAGCCAGGCGGUCGGCGGAGCCCCAGAACCGGACGGCCGUACCUGCAGCGCCUAGGGGCGAUCGGGCAGCGCCGCCGCCAUGUCCCUGAGCACUGGGGAGCCUGCCUCGGAGACGGGGGAUGACAGCCUGUCUGCAAUAACCUUCGACUCUGACUCAGAGACGAAAGCAAAAAGGAAGAGUUUCCACAGACCUCCCCCUACAUCGCCGAAGUCACCUUAUCACUCUAAGCCGAGGAAAGUGGCCUCCUGGAGGUCUCUGAGGACAGCGGGCAGUGUGCCUCUCGGGAGCCGAAUGUCCUUAACCCCCCAGAAGCUGUGUCUGGGAAGCACAAAGCAAGGUUAUGUUCCUGGGACCCCUGUCUACAGAGAGAAGGAGGACAUGUAUGACGAGAUCAUUGAGCUGAAGAAGUCAUUACACAUGCAAAAAAGCAACGUGAAUCUGAUGAGAACAAAGCUUCGGCGCUUAGAAGAGGAAAACAGCAGAAAGGACCGGCAGAUAGAGCAGCUUUUGGAUCCGUUCCGAGGCCCGGAUUAUGUUCGGACGCUGGCAGAGAAAAGGCCUGAUACUGGCUGGGUGAUCCGUGGGCUGAAGCAGAGGAUUCUCAAGCUGGAGCAGCAGUGCAAGGAGAAGGACCACACUAUCGACAAACUGCAGACUGAUAUGAAGACCACUAACUUGGAGGAGAUGAGGAUCGCCAUGGAGACGUAUUACCAGGAGAUUCAUCGUCUCCAGACUCUCCUGGCAAGCUCUGAAACGACAGGAAAGAAGCCUCCAGUGGAGAAGAAAAUCGUCCUUAAAAGGCAGAAAAAAAUGAGCAGCGCCCUCCUGAGCUUAUCCCGGAGCGUCCAGGAGCUCACGGAGGAGAACCAGAGCCUGAAGGAAGACCUGGACCACGUGCUGAGCGACUCCCCCACUGCCUCCAAGAUAAAGGGCUCUGUGGAGUGGAGCAAGCCUCGGCUGCUUCGGAGGAUCGCAGAGCUGGAAAAAAAAAUAAGUUUGAUGGAAAGCCCCAAAUCCCGCACUUCAGAGGUGGUCAGGUCUACCCCGCCGGCUCACUCGGUGUCCAGCUCCACGAUGCACCGGCAGCCGCGCCCCGACUGCCAGGAGGAGAGCGAGCGAUUGCGGGGGGUUGUGAAGAGCCUGAAGGGCGAGCGGAAUGCCCUGCACACCCAGCUGCAGGAGCGAGAUCUGGAGGUGAAGCAGCUACUGCAGACAAAGGCCGACUUGGAGAAGGAGCUGGAAAACAUGAAGGAGGGUGAGAAGGAGGGAAGAGAAAGAGAGGAGGCUUUGAGGGAGGAAAUUCAAGCACUUACCAGGAAGUUUCAAGAACUGGAAGAAAGUAAGAAAGGAGAGGAGGAGGAUCCUGAGGAAAUGAGUCCUGAGACCCAGGAAGCGCCCCGACCCCCCGGUCCCUCCCAGAUGGACUCGGAGCUGGACACGAGCGAGGGGGGCUCCUCCCGGCCCCGCUCCGGCUGCUCCCAGGGGAGAAGAGACGCCGCCGCCCGGCUCCUGCAGCGCCAGUGGAAGGGGCACCAGCCCCGGAAAAAGAAGGCCGUUCUGGACGAGGACUCGCCCAAGCCCCGCGUCCCGAGCCCCGUCGUCCAGGCCGAGGGGGACCCGUGGCAAGAGGAGGCCGUCACCGUCAUCCAGUCUGCCUUCCGGGCACACCUGGCACGGGCCAGGCACAGUGCUGCUGGUCCACGAGCUGCCACUGCAGCGUUUCCCGACAGACCUGCUUGGGCCCCACACAGCGCACCCUCCUCUCCGCCCUUGCCUGCAGCCUCUCCUGGGCAGGAAGACAGCGAGGGGAGCAGCGGGGAGACCGCAGAGGCUCCGGCUCCCGGGGAUGGAGCGCCGAGGCCAUGGGGGCCAGGGGCGCCGGCAGCCCCGCCGCCCUGCUCUGCGGAGCCCUGUCCUUCGGGGCCGCAGCGCGCCGCGACUCCGCCCGCGGAGGACGUGAACUCCGACGACUCCGACGAGAUCGUCUUAGCUCCGCCUCUGCCCACGAAGAAAAUCGCCUCCCCGCCCUAGGCCCCUGCGGUCGCCCGGCACGUGGCGAUGCCCUGUCCGGGCAAGGUUAGGUUCAGAGGACAGAAGCACUCAGACAGGAAAGGAAUUUAUCUUGUGAGGAGGAGGAGAACCGUACCUACUUGACACCUCACCUCCGUCCCCGGUUUUUCUCUUUCGUUUUGCCAGUCUGCUUGUUUGUUCAGGGAACCCCUAAUGCCUUUCUUUAUUUUAUCUCUGGGAAGGGGUCGCCUACGUUCCGCACCCUCGGCUGCAGGCCCCCCCCCCCGCGGUGGUCUUCAUGCCGGACAGACACACCUGCCCAGGCUGGAGGGCAGCAGGGGGCCCGGCUGAGACACGUCCUCUCGGGGGACCUCUGGCCACCUGCGGCCGUGCAGGCGAGGGCUUCUUCAUCGGCGCUGACGCCGCACGGCCACCGCCUCCAAGACAGGCAGCGCGCCUCAGAACCCUUGCUCUCAGCCCAAACGGAGGGCCCUGCGCACCGGGGAGAGCUUAAUCCCGGGCCACCCCUCCACCUCCCCGGCGCCCCGACGGCACGGCAGCCCUUCUCGUGUUGCACCUCAGGGGCUCCGGCUCAGACUUGUCCUUCUUUCAGAAACUCCUGGGCCCUCCUUACAGAGGUCAGAGGCUCCCGGCUCCAGCACAGGCGAGGCGUGUGGCCAGGAGGAUCUGUGCUGCCCUGUCCCGUGAGAGAGGUGGACGGAUCUCCCAGACCCGCCCACUCGGAGUCAGGCGGGGGACCCGCCAGCCCCUUUCACCGCUUAGGUGCCGGUCAUACAGUGGGUUGAAAAAAGUUCAGCCAGGGGGCCAGGCUUGCGUCAUGUUUUCUUUACUCGGCCCGUGAGCUGCCAAGUCCGUUUUUUCUUCUGUUUCCGCCGCUGGACUGAUGGCUAACUCGAGUGAACUCGCUGCUGACCUUUGCCUUGUUUCAUCCACUGGGUCUGUUCCUCGUCUGGGUGCCAGCUCAGCUAAAGGCCUGUAGGAGCCAGUCCACCAGUCAGGUACCCAGAGGGUGAUGAAGGCGAUGCCCGCAGCCUGCAGGUCCCCAGGGGGUCAUUCUCCCCCCCACCCCAUUCAAAAAUGGGCAUUUCUGCAUUACUCCUUGCUCUGAGGAGCCCAAGGCACUGGGGACCUAUGACAGAUGGGUCAGUGUCAGGACGUCCUCGCCUGGUCCUGGAGGAAAGGGCCGUGUGUGCAGCGGGCUGGCCGUCGGCAGAGCUGGGAUGGGCAAGGUCAGCCCCGGGACCUGAGUUUUCCAAGAAAAUGCUCCUGAGAAUUGCAGGUAUGUACAUUUGUCUGCCUGUGCUCCUUGGGCCCAGCAAUGCUGAUCUAGUAAAAGUAAGCAGUCUUGAAGCCACCUCAGUAAAUGACUUAACUCAAGGCUAUGACCCUCUGACACUGUGUGGAUCUGUCCCCUGGAGAAUGCCGGGUGCCCAGUGUGCUUGCAGGGCCCACGGCUCGGGGCUGGGGUUCUAGGGCUGCCGGAGCAGCACAGGGCUGGGCGGGACAGGGGCCUGGGGCCUAGAGGGCCUGCCUUCUGCUUGCCUGCCUCUGUGCUGCCCCACUGGACGGGCCCGUCCGCCCUGCAGACAGACCAGAACCCUCGUCCCAGCAAAAAGACCGAAGGCAUUAGGAAAAGGACGGCCACCUAGCUCAGAGCAACCAGCGUGAGAGCUGCAGAGCUUUGCUUCGUUUUUUUUUUUUUCUUUUUGCGGUAUGCGGGCCUCUCACUGUUGUGGCCUCUCCCGUUGCGGAGCACAGGCUCCGGAUGCGCAGGCCCAGCGGCCGUGGCUCACGGGCCCAGCCGCUCCGCGGCAUAUGGGAUCCUCCCGGACCGGGGCACGAACCCGUAUCCCCUGCAUCGGCAGGCGAACUCUCAAACCACUGCGCCACCAGGGAGGCCCUGCUUCAUUUUUAAGUAAUAAAUACCCUCUGCAGAAAGCCCCGUUCACCUUCAAGAGCUGAAUAGAAUUUAAAUUCCACGAGAAGCCAUCUAAGCCAAUUCAACACCCCUCCCUGUGGUUUGGGAAGCAGUGUUUUCUCUCAUGUGGUUCAGAAAUUCUGAGGACUGGAGAGUGGACACUCAAACCUGCCUGGGGCCGUCCGGCUGCUGCUCCAGGUGAGGACCUCCCCGAGCUCCCAAGAGCCUGUUAGCAGCUGAUCACGCCGGGUAAGCAUCCUUUGAAGCAAGAGAACCCACACCUGGGAGUUGAAAUGUGAAGCCAUCAAGUGGCUCCAGGGGGAAGUGGUGGACACGCUGGUCUUCGACCUCUGUAUUUAGGAGCACUCAGACCUACGCGUAAUUUGUACACAAGUCUCUUGGAAGGCAUAAGGCUUUCCCUCUGUGCUACUCAUCACUGGCCUUUGUAAUUGUAAAUAAAAGCUGUUUUG